AUGUCGGCAAUAUUUAAAAACGCGAAAAAGAAGUUAAAUCAAACCGAACUGAGGAAGUUGAUGAGCGAACAUAAAACCAAGGUGAAAGAUGCAAAGAAGGUUGAUUCACCCCUAGCAAAAUAUAACGAGCAAGGACAACUAAUGUGCAUACUAUGUAAUUGGGUGGUGAGAUCUGAGGCAGUGUGGCCAUCGCAUAUUAACUCCAAAAAGCACAAGGAGAAUAUCGAAAUAGCCAAGAAGUUGAAAGAAAGGACAAACAAUUUCAGCACCCCUUUAAAAAGACCCCUAACGCCUCCUUUGCCUGAAGUCCCGGAGAAGAAAAUUAAGGGUAUAUUAAAAAACGCCAAGCCUACUACUACUAGCAAUAAUAAUUCUACGAGUAACGAUAAGAAACAAGACCCGUUGCCUAAGGACUUUUUCGAUUCAAACAAAACUAAACCGUCUAGUUCGAAUAAUGUUAAUAGACAGGAACAAGCGGAGAAGAUGGAAGAAGAGCUUGUAGAAGGUAAAGACGCAUUACCCGAGGGAUUCUUCGAUGAUCCUAAAAUGGACGCAAAGGCGAGGCAUCAGGAAUACAAGGAUCCCGUAGAAGAAGAAUGGGAGAAAUUCCUCAAAGUUAUAAAGGAAGCAGACAAUGAAAGCAAUGCAAUCAUAGCAGAAGAUCAAGAGGAAGCGACGACGGAACGACAGAUAGACGAAAUCGAUGAGCAAAUGAAGAAACUAUCUAGAGUUCUCGAUUUGGAGAAGAAAAAGGAAGAAGUCGUGGCCCACACCAGCGAAUCCAGAAACCAAGUGAAUUAUAACGAGAACGAUGAGGAUGUCGAAGUUGAUUUCGAAGAGUUCUUGGACUGGAGGGAAAAGAAAUCGUUUAAAGCGCAAAUGUAA